AUGGCUGCAACUCCGGUCACCGAGUUCCUCCUCAUUAAUCUCAAGACCGCGUCGGCCGUCGAGGAGGCCGGGACACCCGCAAACCGUGCGCUGCUGGACGCGAUCUCCACCCUCAAGCAAGCCGGUGAGGGCAAUCGCGUCUUCUUUGGCCGCCAGCUAGAGAACCCCAGCAUCGGCGUGAUAGCCGUCCGUUGUGGCUGGACCCGAGAGGCGGUUGGAUGUCUCGGGGAAGCCUUCUUCGCCUACCUACGGCAGAGGCACAGUUACGAGGCACGGACAUUUGACAAUAUCGAAGUGGCGCUGAGCUUGGGGGUAUUGCAUCGUCGACUGGUGACAUUAGUCCCAUUCCAGGUCUAG